UAUGAAUGCUGGAUAAUGGGUCAUGGUAUUAUCGAAUCCUUCGUGGGUUGCAAAGAUGCAAUAGACCACCUCUUCAAAGUUGUACGGCAUGGACUCGAUGAGCGUUCACCCGUUCCACCACCGCCGAAACCGGGAGCGAUGUUCCCACGUAUACAUCCCGGGGGUAUCUCAACACCGGGCUCGAGAAACGGCCAAAACAGCUUCUGCAAGAAGAACUCGACGCGAUAAAACGGUAAGCUAGGCAGAGCCGUGAUCGCAAUUGGGAACCGUGUUCAAGGGGUGUGCCUGCGAUUCGCAAGGUUUGUGCGGAGGAGGGGUGUUCGAUGAAGACGAGGUAUCGGUAUUGGGAUUAUGUGGGGGCUGCGCUUUAUAGAGGAAUGAAUUCAAGGUCGGUUGCGCGUCUAAGUGGGUUGUUUGUUUUGGUGUUUGAUGUGGAUUACGAAGGCUGAUUUUGGGCUCACGAUGAGGGACUUUGGGAUCAAUGGAACGAACUUGUGUCGAGGGUUGGACCCUGGAGUGUUGUUGGGGUUAUGCGGAGACGGG